AGAUCUGUAGAAAACAUUCAAGAUCAGAAAACUUAGAUGACCAAAAUGGAUAUACGGGGUGCUGUGGAUGCUGCUGUCCCAACUAACAUUAUUGCUGCCAAGGCUGCAGAAGUUCGCGCAAACAAAGUGAACUGGCAGUCCUACCUCCAGGGACAGAUGAUUUCUGCUGAAGAUUGUGAAUUUAUUCAAAAAUUUGAAAUGAAGAGAAGUCCUGAAGAGAAGCAAGACAUGCUGCAAGCUGAAGGCAGCCAGUGUGCUAAAACAUUUAUAAAUCUCAUGACUCAUAUCUCCAAAGAACAGACAGUUCAGUACAUUCUAACUAUGGUCGAUGACAUGCUGCAGGAAAAUCAUCAGCGUGUUAGCAUUUUCUUCGACUAUGCAAAACGUAGCAGGAAUACUGCCUGGUCCUACUUUCUACCAAUGUUGAAUCGCCAGGAUCUCUUUACUGUUCAUAUGGCAGCAAGAAUUAUCGCCAAACUAGCUGCAUGGGGAAAAGAACUGAUGGAAGGCAGUGACUUAAAUUACUAUUUCAACUGGAUAAAAACUCAGCUGAGUUCACAGAAACUACGUGGUAGCGGUGUCGCUGUUGAAACAGGAACAGUCUCUUCAAGUGAUAGUUCUCAAUACGUGCAGUGUGUUGCUGGAUGUCUUCAGCUGAUGCUGCGGGUUAAUGAGUACCGCUUUGCCUGGGUUGAAGCUGAUGGGGUAAACUGCAUAAUGGGAGUUUUGAGUAACAAGUGUGGCUUUCAACUCCAGUAUCAAAUGAUUUUUUCAAUAUGGCUCCUGGCAUUCAGUCCUCAAAUGUGUGAGCACCUACGGCGCUACAAUAUCAUUCCUGUUCUGUCUGAUAUCCUUCAAGAGUCUGUCAAAGAGAAAGUAACAAGAAUCAUUCUUGCAGCAUUUCGUAACUUUUUAGAAAAAUCAACUGAAAGAGAAACUCGCCAAGAAUAUGCUCUGGCUAUGAUUCAGUGCAAAGUACUGAAACAACUGGAGAACUUGGAACAACAGAAGUAUGAUGAUGAAGAUAUCAGUGAAGAUAUAAAAUUUCUUUUGGAAAAACUUGGUGAGAGUGUCCAAGAUCUUAGCUCAUUUGAUGAAUACAGUUCAGAACUUAAAUCUGGAAGGUUGGAAUGGAGUCCUGUGCACAAAUCCGAGAAAUUUUGGAGAGAGAAUGCUGUGAGAUUAAAUGAGAAGAAUUAUGAGCUCUUGAAAAUCUUGACAAAACUUCUGGAAGUGUCAGAUGAUCCACAAGUUUUAGCUGUUGCUGCUCAUGAUGUUGGAGAAUAUGUGCGGCAUUAUCCACGAGGCAAGCGGGUUAUUGAACAGCUUGGUGGGAAGCAGCUAGUAAUGAAUCACAUGCACCAUGAAGACCAGCAGGUCCGCUACAAUGCUUUAUUGGCUGUGCAGAAGCUAAUGGUACACAACUGGGAAUAUCUUGGCAAACAGCUGCAAUCUGAGCAGCCUCAGACAGCUGCUGCCCGAAGCUGA